AUGCUAGGAAUUGGAAGGCCCCGACUCAAAGCCCGGCCGUCCCUGCUGGAUCUCUUGAGCAGACGUGAGCGCAGUCCCAGUCCCCGGCGAGCGCCUCCACCGCCCGAGCUGCCACCGCUUCCAGACUCGCCCGCUACAGCCAGCUCGACCUCCACCUCGACCUCCAUCUCCCCGUCCACCCCUCCCACUCCCCUGUCCAAGAUGGCCCCGGCAAAGGAUAACAAGGAGCUUGGCUCCAUCUUCUCCAUCUCCGGCCCCGUUGUGGUCGCUGAGAACAUGAUCGGCUGUGCCAUGUACGAGCUGUGUCAAGUUGGUCAUGACCUGCUCUCGGGUGAAAUUAUUCGAAUUGAUAACGACAAGGCCACUAUCCAGGUCUACGAAGAAACUGGUAUAGCUCCUCCCUUUUCCCCGGGCCACGUAUCCUCCGACCGGCCCCCCGAUAACAGUGCUAAUGGGAAUUCUUUCUGCAAUCUAGCCGGGCUGACAGUUGGUGACCCCGUUACGCGGACGGGCAAGCCCCUCUCCGUUGAGCUCGGUCCCGGUUUGAUGGAGACGAUCUACGACGGUAUUCAACGACCCCUCCGUGCCAUCUCCGAGAAGUCCAAGGGCAUCUACAUCCCUCGUGGUAUUUCCGUCAAUGCGCUGGAUCGCGAGAAGAAAUGGGACUACAAGCCCGCCGACUUCAAGGUCGGCGACCACAUCACCGGCGGUGACAUCUGGGGUACCGUCUUCGAGAACAGUCUGGUGAACAACCACAAGAUUCUUCUGCCCCCCCGCGCCCGGGGUACUAUUACACGGAUAGCCCCCGCUGGAAGCUACACCGUUGAGGAAAAGUUGCUGGAGGUCGAGUUUGAGGGCAAGAAGUCCGAGUUCGGGAUGAUGCAGACCUGGCCCGUCCGUGUACCCCGUCCCACCAGCGACAAGCUGUCCGCCGAUGCGCCUUUCAUCGUCGGCCAGCGUGUGCUGGAUGCCCUGUUCCCCAGUGUCCAGGGUGGUACCGUCUGUAUCCCUGGUGCUUUCGGAUGUGGUAAGACUGUCAUUUCGCAGUCCGUAUCCAAGUUCUCGAACAGUGAUAUCAUCGUCUACGUUGGCUGUGGUGAGCGUGGUAACGAGAUGGCUGAAGUCUUGAUGGAUUUCCCCGAGCUUUCUAUCGAUAUCGACGGUCGCAAGGAACCCAUCAUGAAGCGUACCUGCUUGAUCGCCAACACCUCCAACAUGCCCGUCGCUGCCCGCGAGGCCUCCAUCUACACCGGGAUCACCAUUGCUGAAUACUUCCGUGACCAGGGCAAGAACGUGGCCAUGAUGGCCGACUCCAGUUCGCGUUGGGCCGAGGCUUUGCGUGAGCUGUCGGGUCGUCUGGGAGAGAUGCCUGCUGAUCAGGGUUUCCCCGCCUACCUGGGUGCCAAGCUGGCGUCUUUCUACGAGCGUGCUGGUAAGACCUGUGCUCUAGGUAGCCCCGAGCGUGAGGGCAGUGUCAGUAUCGUCGGUGCCGUCAGUCCCCCCGGUGGUGACUUCUCCGAUCCCGUCACCAGUAGUACCCUGGGUAUUGUGCAAGUUUUCUGGGGUCUCGAUAAGAAGCUGGCCCAGCGUAAGCACUUCCCCUCCGUCAACACCUCCAUGUCCUACAGCAAGUACAACGCCGUUUUGGACAAGUACUACGAAAAGAACAACCCCGACUUCCCUCGCCUGCGUGAUCAGAUCCGUGAGCUGCUGUCCAAGUCCGAGGAUCUGGACCAGGUCGUGCAACUGAUCGGUAAGGCGGCGCUGGGCGAUUCCGACAAGAUCACAUUGGAUUUGGCCGCGAUGCUCAAGGAGGACUUCCUCCAGCAGAACGGAUACAGUGACUACGAUCAGUUCUGCCCCCUGUGGAAAACCGAGUACAUGAUGAAGGCGUUCAUGGGUUACCAUGACGAGGCACAGAAGGCUGUUGCUCAGGGCCAGAACUGGAACAAGGUCCGCGAUGCCACCGCAGAUCUGCAGAGUGCCCUGCGGAGCAUGAAGUUCGAAGUCCCCGACAACGAGCAAGAGGUGUCGGCCAAGUAUGAGAAGAUCCUCCAAUCCAUGACGGAACGAUUUGCUUCAGUCUCGGAUGAGUAG